AUGCAGAAAACCUUUAAAAUACAUGAUAACCAAGGAAAAUCUGGUAUGGAGAAAGAAUUUUUGUAUACAUUCAACACUGGAAAUCAGCAUUUCGUGCUUACAGUUCCACUGAAAAUUACAGCGCAAGAAAAUGUUAGCCAUUUGCUUGGGCGUUUAAUGCUUCUUCACAACUUGCCGAGCUUCAUAGAAAAUGAUUUAAAGGAAUCUCUUGAUAGAUUCAUUGAGGAGGAAUCAAUACAAGAUUAUGAUAAAGAAGCAGAAGUAGCCCUGGAAGCUGUAAAAUCUGGUAAAAUAGAUUUGAACCACCUGACAAAUGCUUGGGCCAAAACUUACACAGAGGCAAUAUUGGAACAUGCAAGACCUGAAGACUCAAAUUGGGAUGAAGAUUUUGCAGAUGUCUAUCAUGAUCUGAUCCAUUCUUCUGCUUCUGAAACUCUCUUAAACUUGGAACACAAUUAUUUUGUUAGCAUCUCAGAAUUAAUAAGUGAAAGAGAUGUGGAACUCAGAAAACUAAGAGAAAGGCAAGGAGUUGAAAUGGACACGGUGAUGGAAGAAUUGGGAAAAACAUUGACAGAUUAUGAUGUAAAUAUGUUGGCAGCUCAGCACUUUGAAUCCCAGCAGGUGUUGGAAAACAAGUGGAAUAAUGAACUGAAACAAACCACAGGUAUCCAGAAACAAGAGUAUCAGGAAUGGGUGAUUAAACUUCAUGAGGACCUAAAAAAUCCUAACAUUACUAUUGGUGAGGAAAUAAAAGUUCAACCUAAUCAGUGGAGAGAAUCUAUAGAAGGAAAUGGAAGACUUUUUGAAGACCAGAGACAAUUGGAAGAAAGUUUCACCAUCCAUUUGGGAGCACAACUGAAAACCAUGCACAACCUGAGAUUACUGAAGGCGGAUAUGCUGGAUUUUUGCAAGCAUAAACGUAAUCAUCGCAGUGGAGUCAAACUUCAUAGGCUUCAGACAGCAUUAUCACUUUAUUCAACUUCUCUUUGUGGCUUGGUCCUAUUAGUGGAUAAUCGCAUCAGUUCAUACAGUGGGAUCAAAAGAGAUUUUGCAACAGUUUGUCAGGAAUGCACAGAGUUCCACUUUCCUGGGAUUCAGGAGCAACUUGAAGUUGUUCAACAGGUAGUACUUUAUGCCCGAGUCCAGCAAAGCAGUAAAUCCAAAAGGCUAAAUGAUGUAGGAAACAAAAAUGGUGGCAGUGAAGAUAAAUCAAAGAAUAUGGAACAAAGCCUAUCAAAUAUUUUUCCUGGAGAAUUUUACAUCACUCGCCAUUCAAAUCUCUCUGAAAUUCAUGUAACUUUUCAUCUCUGUGUGGAUGAUAAUGUGAGAUCGGGUAAUAUUACUGCCAGGGAUCCUGCAAUCAUGGGCCUCCGGAAUAUCCUCAAAGUGUGUUGCACUCAUGAUAUUACUACCAUUAGUAUUCCUCUCCUACUGGUACAUGAUAUGUCUGAGGAAAUGACUAUAUCUUGGUGUCUGAAAAGAGCAGAGCUUGUAUUUAAGUGUGUAAAAGGAUUCAUGAUGGAAAUGGCUUCUUGGGAUGGAGGGAUUUCUCGGACUGUACAAUUCCUGGUACCACAGAGUAUUUCUGAAGAAAUGUUUUACCAGCUCAGUAAUAUGUUGCCACAGAUUUUCCGUGUCUCAUCUACACUCACUCUGACAUCUAAACAUUGAGUUCUUGAAUACUCUGGAGAGGAGCUGCAGGAAGUCAACACAAAUUUAAUCUUAAUACAUGAAACAUCAGCCGCCUAUAGUACCAGGAAGUGGGAUAAGUUCAGCUGCUGUCACACGACGCUCACUUGUCAAGAAAUUGAAAGUUGCACUAGCUUGGAUGUGAUUAUAGCAGAAGUUCCUAACAAAAGCUGGAAUCUAAAGACAAUUGCAGCAUGCUUACAUGAGGAACAGUGGGCCGUUACUAAUAAAAAAAGUAAAAGUACUCUAUUGGCUUCAGUCCCUCCUGCAUUUUAAAGGCUGCUUUGAGAGUCCUCCAGGGUUUGAAGCAACUUGUGAAAAACAGUAAAAAUUGUGUUAAGAAUGAGAGAGUUCUAAAAAAAACCUUAGUGUUUGUAUCCUUAUAUCCCAGUAAACUAAUAUGUGUAAUGUGCUUUAGAUUUGCUUCCAUUGACAUAAACCUUUUGUAUGGUUUAUAUAGAGAUUUGACAUUUUGUGUAUUUACAUGCUUUGUGUAGAAAUGGUUACAACUAACCUACUUCUCUUGCUCCAAAACAGGGGUUACUGUCCUAAGCACAUGUUAACUGGAACUAAUGUUUAAAAUACACAAGGCUGCUUUUGUGAA